CAGUCGCUCAGCGGCAAGCACGAAGGAGAGAGGGAAGUGUGUUGACGCGAGCGCACGGCAAGGGACAAGUUGCGUGGAACCCGGUACGUGCGUGAGCUGGCCAGGGCGUUGCCACCGCGACGCGUGCGGCCUAUGACAGCGGUGGCGGGCAGUGCAGUACUGUGUCAUAGUGUUUAUGCGUGUGCCUUAGCGAGGACGGUCGCCUUGCCGGUAGCAGAGAACCUGUGUGAUCAAACAGUGUUUCAACUAUUGUAUAUUUUCUCCUGUGCUGUUAUCUGUUGAUAGUCAAAAUCGUGGUGCAUCGUUUUGAGUGAAUUUGGAUUCUGUGACACAAACACAGUGCUAGUGUGAGAUCGGCAUCUAAUAUUUUUGCUCUUUCGACUGACAGCGACAAGCGUCAACAAUCAGCUGAUUUUGAAGCACAUGCUAAGAAGGCUGCGUGCUUGUUUACUUGAUGUAAAUUUCCCGUACCUUCCGCAUGUUCAUGUGCAUUAACACUUCUGUUAUACCGAAAGGACUUGUGUGCAUUGCCGUACAAGAAUACUGGAGCAACUGUGAUAGUGCAAAAGAAGAAUAUUUUUGUUCGUGCUGCAGAACCAAAUAAUAUUUGCGGUACAAGGUGGGAAACAAGAGCAUGGAUAGGUGAUAAUUUGAGUCAAUUUUUUUUUGUUUCUUUUGCAGACGCCCGGUUUUGUUGUUGUUUAGUUUUGUUCAUGCAGUUCGAACACACUUGAGACGUCGGAAUGCAGUUGCGACAACGUUCUGAAACGGUCUUUCAGCUAUAGGCAGCAGAUUUAUGGGAUACAAGGACCACACCACAUAGCAGGGAGCGACCAAUGUACGCGCCUGACAUUACCCUGUUUGUCAUGAACGAAUAUCCUAGCUGACAGACUGGGCUUGAUUUCCUUUUUUUCUGUGCGCUUUGUUUAUGAAGUGCCUUACAUAGAAGCAAACGCACAGAUUCUGAUUGUUGACAACGUAUCAUUUCGGUGACUUUAUCUUCUUACGUUCUUUGAAGCUAUCAUUUGGAUUCCCAUAAAUUAUGACAAUUUGUAAGAAUCAUAGCAAUAAUCGGCACCUGAAAGACUUCGCGAUACUUUCUCCCAAGUGACCUUCGCUUGACGACAAUAAUACUUUCAUUGUUUGACUCAAAUGAAAAUUCAAAUUCCUAUCUCGGUAUAAUAGCCGAAUGCUCAUGUAUAUUGACAAUACAAGGUCGCUGACUUUAGAGUGAGUAACUCCUGUGUGAACACAAGGAACGAACAAUAGAUUUGUGACAUUGUUGCAAAUUACAAGAAAUCAUCCCAGUUUUCCGUCUGUUGACGACAGAUUCGGGAAAAAUUAUACGACCAGCCUCAAAGGUGCACUACAAAUAUUUGGAUAAAUGUUGAACAGUAUCGAGGAGAUUAUAGCAGCGAAUAGUUUGCUUGGAUACCUACGUAACGGUGUUCUUCCGUUUGACGAGCUGCAACAGCAAUCGAGGUUCAUGGUUUUCAUGGAUGAGAGCGAGUCCCAGGCGAAGAGGUGGCUGCCUAGUGCGCCCCGACCUCCGUCCAGCCCGAUGCACCCCACUUCCAGAGAGGCGGCGGGCCCGCCGGUGCAGAUGGAGCCCGUGGACCUGAGCGUGAAGGCGCCGCAGUCGCCGCCCGUGGUGCUGCACGUGCCGCGCUACUCGCCGCAGCUGCCCACCUCGGGGGCCGGCGCCGCCGCCGCUGCCGACCUCAAGCUGCCUCGCACAGGUAAGCUGCAAUUUCAAGACCUUGGAGGUAGCGCGUCGGUAAGGAAGUCUGACACUGUUGGUUACCUUCGAAGCUGGACAUACGCGUCACCUCCGCGCGGCAGCGAGUCUGCGGGCGUGGCGAACGGCGCCGUGGCGUCGGCGGCGACGACGACGGCGCUGCCGCGGCCGCAGCAGCCGCCCCCGGCGCCGCAGCGGCUGAAGGAGUCGUCGCUGGCGUUCCACCUGCCGCCGCGCAUCGCCGCCUCGUCGGCGCCGUCGCCGUCCCCCGCGUCGGCGGCGUCGCGGCAGCACAACGGGCGCGCCGCCUCCGGGUCGCCGCCCGCGCUGCAGCAGACGCCGGCCGCCGCCGCCGCCGCAGCCGCCUCCAUCGCCUCCGGAGACUACGGCGACAGCCUCCGCCGCCGCAAGGUCCACCGCUGCGACGUCGCCGGCUGCGACAAAGUCUACACCAAGAGCUCCCACCUCAAGGCGCACAAGCGCACGCAUACAGGCGAGAAACCGUACCAGUGCAUGUGGGACGGGUGCACGUGGAAGUUCGCGCGCUCGGACGAGCUGACGCGCCACUUCCGCAAGCACACGGGCCAGAAGCCGUUCAAGUGCCACCUGUGUCAGCGCUCCUUCUCGCGCUCCGACCACCUGUCGCUGCACAUGAAGCGCCACUGAGAAGACGAGCCGUCGCGCCGCUGCCGAGUCUGCGACAGUGCCUGCGUCCGUCGCGGCUGCCAACACCUUCCGCACUAAAGAAGACACGUGAAUGUUCUAAGGCACCUUCACUAAAGACGGGGACGCUACCGGUCGAUGUCUCCGCGUCGUCUCACUGUUUCGUCACGAUUGACCUUCCUCCUCGUUUCUGCCCGCCAGUGUCGAGAGAUCAGAAAACUCGCGUCUGCUGCCAGGGUUUCCCCCCACCGAGAACUACUCUUCUCUUUAGAUUUACUGGAUAUUUGUGUAACACCUUGCCAACCUGUGGAGUGGUUACGUACGCCUUCUCAACCUACGGCGAAAAAGCAACUUAGGAUAAAAACAAAUUACGGAAUUCAGACAAUAUCAAGCUCGAUACCGGUGCCAAGAAAGCCAUAGAGUCCAAAGAUUUUUUGGUGCGCCUGGCACGAUGACCGGAGUUUGACGCCAGCGUGUCUCGCAUCGUUAGACUCCAAAGUUGAGUAUGAAACGGUCUGCUGUUGGAUACUCAUCCGAGCGUGCCCAAGAUUGCUUCCAGCAGUAAAUUCCUUGUAUAGCAGCCAGUUGGAAGAGAAGUCCUAGUCGCCGCCAAUUCGCAAGUUUGACAUCCACGUGUUUCCCGCUACAGCACUUCGCUGAUUGGGAGAUGUCGUUCCAAAAUAGCUAGAGAGUCGGAUAGAGCGAACAAAUGACGCCAGAGCUGGCACGUACGGCCUCUGCAGCCCAGCAGCUGGCGCUGAGCGCAGAUGUCGGACCGCACGGGGCGCAGCGGCUGGCCAGCCCGCCCGUCUGCCACCUGUUAGGGUUCCGCUGGAACCAGUUCCUCCACACUCAGCGCGCAGCCGGCGGUGUCGGCAGCGUUUCGGCACGCCUCCGCCCUCGUCCAAGUGAAUUCGUCGCUGCCCCGCCAUCGGGUCUCAAAUUGUCUGCCGACUCCAGGUACUUACCUCUCUGCAUGUGUACUUUCCGUCCAACGACAGUCAUUAAAACGACUGUCCCCUUUUGCGUCCACGUGUGCCCACGAUUUUCGUUCGAGCAGAACAGUUUUCCCUGUGGAGAAAGAUGGUAAUUCAUUUUUCGGCCACGUUGAUAGCAGUUAGACGCAUAAAAACUGUUCGCGUAGAGCUACGUCACUUUUGAGCGAGAUAAACAAAUAGAGAGCAUCGAAGAAAGUACAAAAUCUGCUGAUCCUUCGAUUUAAUGUCUCCUCAAGACCAUUUCACGAUUCACUAAACAGAUACAGUAUAAACGGCUAUACAACACACAUUUGUCCAUUGAAAGUGUCAAUUUGUAAUACUUUGGUAAUAUUUUAUUUAUCAGAAGUGUUGUACCAUUUUUAUACACACAGAGAUACCUUUAUACGCAGCCAGUAAUAAUUCAUUCAUAAUGUCUAUCAAUUUCAGCAGCUUUACAAGAUGAACUAGUUUCUGUCCUUAAUUAGAUUCCUAAAACCUCGGAUAGCCUUCAUAUGUGAGCUUCACAUUCCAUUAAGGAAACUGCCAACUACAAAAGUCUUCCAGUUAUGAAAUUUGCGAUCUUGAAGUAUUUGCACGUAGUGGCUUGGACAAAUUUGAUGAUUAAUGUUUUCAUUUUUCUUUAAAAAGAAUUGUGCUAAUGAUCAGUGCAAAUGUAAUAUAUUCGAAGAGAGUAUUUAACUACAAAUUACUGUGAUCUUAUCUGGGCAGACUGCCAGACGUAAGCAAUCUGUACAUUGUUGCGUAACAUUACUGUGAUAUAACAAUUUGUAAGCAUCAAAGGCCUAAUCUAUAAGUUCACUGCAACAUAAUGCUGAGUGCAGAUACAGUUGUAAGGGGAGGGGGAAGUAGCGGAGAUCAGCUUUCAUUCGUGGUCGCUGAAUAAUUACGUAGGAUGUUUUCACACUUUAACUGUGUAUCUGCUAAUUAUCACUUUUCGAGUGGGGUUUAUUCGGCACAAUAGAAGAAGAAUGCAGUGAUACAACUAUUGGAGAAUUACUAUGAGGAGCCUAUUGCUAGUUUUCCUUAAUCAUCUCACUUAGUAUUGUAUGGCUUGAAUCGUACUAGAAAAAGGAGGUACACUGGAAUGUAUUUGGACGUUUUUACCUGUGAGUGGUAAGGUUUCACUAUGCUUUGUUUAUCACCCAGAGAAAUUGGGCACAAAGAGGAAAGAAAACAACAUUUGUACUUCACUUUCAGUGACUGCCACUAUGAAGUGAUUAGUUUAAGAAAUUAAUUUAUUGAAUGUUUCAGCCCUUUGUAAAUACAAUUGUACAGCGAUUGAGAAUGUGAGUUUUCUGUAUUGUACAUAUAGACAUAAAUCUAUAUUUUAGGAGAUAUAUUACGUUUUGAUAAUGUACAAAAAUGUUAUUUAAUUUUAUCUUUCUUGCGAAAAAAGAGAAUCUGUUAAACGUUCUUGCCGAUCAACUGAGAGAGAUCAUAAUAAUUUUUCUUUGAUUCUUGUUAAUAGAAACGACUGGGGUUGGUUAUAAUUGAUAUGGCUGUGGAUAACUGUGUUUUGGGAUUUGAAUUUAAACUGAUAGUAAUUUAUUCGAUGUUGGCUGAAUAAUAUACGCUGAAGCAAUAAGAGGGAACAAAACAGAAGUGAGACUACAGAAUACUGAGCCAGUCUUCCUCUGACGGUCACUCCAUACGACUGCCUUCGCAUGCUUUCAAAGCUCGCGCAGUCGUGGGGCAGUCACUACACUGGCCUCGCCAGGAUUUAAUUAGCCUCAGUCGUAGAAAUGUCUGGCUCUGUGUUCUGUGGUCACAUCCCGAUUCGAGUUAUUAACUUCCGUCCUACGCCUGCUUAUGCGGGCGGGUGUGUGCCUGUUUGUCUUCGAGUGGUUGUGUGAGUUUUGUGUGUGAUAAAGAGGAAAGGCCAGUGAGAGUUGAGGGGAAGCUGUGGAGGGCGCGGACCACCAACUGAGCUAGCGAGCCUGCCGACUUACUUACCAGAAGGUCCCAUCACUGAUGUGGGGCGUUGGUGCCAAUGCAGCGCCUCAAAGAGACGCUUCUGUCACACAUUUCUCGCGUGAAAGAGGUUAGUGGUCCGUGUUCCCACUACAGUGGUUUUUUUAUUUUAAUAUAUUUCAAAUUUUUUGUUUUUGUCGUUCAUUAAUUUUAUGAUUAUAUCGCCAAGAAGAAAAAGCUAUGCAUACCACAGGUCAGUGUCUACUUCUUCGAAAUAAUCUCUGUAAUGUAAUGGUCAGUAUGAGCGCACAUUUCUUUUUCCCAUCGUGUUUGCUACGUUGGUUAUCUUUAUAAUUUAUUUAUGCUAUGUAGUAUUGUCUUUAUUCUUGUAAAUAUGCUGCAUACGUUUUAUGUAUAGUUAUUUUAAGUGAGGCAUUAUGCUAGAAUUUUCGUAGUUCUUUUUAAGCUGGUAAAAGUGUACGUGAAAGUUUGUGGAAUAAAUGUAUGAUUGUUCUGGUUUUAUGCUAAGCCAUCAGAAGAAGGCUUGGUUGCUUGUUACGCAAAAUAACAUUCCAGAUUACAAUAAAAAGUGGUGUAUGUGAAAAGGUAUACUUGCAAAACGAAAUAAAAAAAUAAAAAGUUG